AGGCUGCUCGAGAUCAGCCAAUGACCAAAGCGGAAGCAGAAAAGGCGCGCUUCUCUGACAGCUCCGUGUGGAUUUGAAUCCCGGGAAAGCGCUGUACGCGGUCAGUGUCACCACGAUGGCUGAAGGUAACAAGUUCCAGGACUUGGAGGAGACGGGAGAGGCGCUGGUGGCCUACAUCAACAACAGCCAGCUGGAGAAACUGAGACAAGUGAAGGAUGAACAUCACGCUUUCUUUGACAAACACGCCGAAACAAAAAAGAUUGUGACACAGAUUUUAAAAGAUGUGUCUCAGCUGGAGGAGAGCGCGGGCCAGAAGCUGCUGAACAUGGAGGAGGAGAAGAAGCAAAGGGAGGUGGAGCUGGAGAGCCUGGAGGAGCAGCUGAGGCAGUGCACGGCCCAGAGCCAAAUGACCGACUCGGAGCUACAAUUUGUGCAGCGCGAGUUGGAGAGUCUGAGAGCAAACGAACACGAGCUCGAGGAGCUUCAGAACGAAGUGGACGAGGACACGACCGAGGUCAUCCCCUCAGCAGUAUAUGUGGCUCAGCUGUACCAACUGAUAACCAAGAUCAAGUGGGAGUACGACACGCCGCCCAACAUCUUAAAAGGAGUCCACUACGGUGCCGACCUGGCGACGCCCAUCGACAUCGACACGUCUGUGCGAUCUCGGCGGGACGUAAGCGACCAGCUGUGGGGCUUUGUCAGCACUGAGUGGUAGCUGAAGGAGGGCGGGGCUGCGGAAAUGACUUUACAUGUCUGUAAAUAUGUUUGUUUGUCUGUUCAUCCGAUUCAUACGGUUCAUCAUUAAAUAUUUCAAACCCAGGUGGUUUAGUUGUUCUCUGAUUGUAUUUGAGCAACAUGGAUUCAUCAACUCAACUCUAGUUAUCUUGCCCCUUGUGGCCCAAAGGGCUUCACAGAUGAAAAGGAAAAACAAGAUGAACAGUAAAAAAUACAAAGUUUUUAACCUUAAAAUGUUAGGAAUUAUAGCUUUAGUGCGUAACUUUUUGAUAUGAAUAAACGUCCAUUACAUUCAAGCCGUAUUUUUUAAAUAGUUUUUUCCUUUUGGCCAUUUUUGUUUUGUAUUUUCCUGCACUCUUGCCUAAACUCUUGUUUGUUUUCCUCUGUUCAUCCAAUUCAUACGGUUCAUCAUUAAAUAUUUCAAACCCAGUUGGUUUAGUUGUUCUCUAAUUGUAUUUAAGCAACAUGGAUUCAUCAACUCAACUCUAGUUAUCUUGCACCUUUUGGCCCAAAGCAAUUAAAGCUUUAGUGCAUAACUUUUUGAUAUUAAUGAACGUCCAUUGCAUUCAAGUAGUUUCCUUUUUGGCCAUUUUUCUUUCUUUUUUCCUGCACUUAUGCCUCUUAAGUUGUUGUCCAUUAUCCCGUCUUCUUUCAGUCACGCUGUUUUCUGAUUAGUACAUGUCUGGAGAUGGUAACUUUUAAAUAAACGCGUAGAGAGAAUUGGGAUGCAUCUAAGAAUUGAUUUUUUUUAUUUUUUUUUCCACCCACCCCUACAGCGUCCUGGGUUCAAAUCCGGCCCGCGACCCUUUGCUGUAUGUCGUCCCUCCUCUCUCCCCUUCCCUGUCUUCAACAUGUCCUAUCAAUUAAAGGCCAUUUAACAAAUCCCCCAAAAUAAUCAUUAAAAAAAAACCCAUCUCUGGCUUUUUGGAAACAUUGAUCUGCAUUUUCUGACAAUUUAUGGGACAAACAAAACUGAUGUACGGGAGCGACUAAGUUUUUAAAGCUUAAUAAACAAGUAAAAGAAUAAAUUGUAAAAAAAUACAGGUAGCCGGUAUAGUUUUGCAAUAUUUUCUGAGCAAUAUACUGCACACAGUAUCGAUCUAUUAUAUAUGUGUUUGUCUGCUUGACAAUCCCAUUUAUCAGCAAUAAAACAGAAGUGAGAACAAACAGAACUUUAUCUUUUUAGAUUCCUUUUGGGGGACAUCAUUUGAAAUUGAGGAAAAAUUUGAAGGUGGAAAAAGGAUAAUAAAUUGCAGUAUAUAACAGAAUAUUACAAUCUGUUUAAAAUGGUAAUAAUGUUGUAUUGUGACAUACGUAUUGUUAUAUCGUGAGAGCUGUUGUGGCUCCCACCCAUAGUGGCCAGUGCAGCGGGGGUGUUGUGACCCAGUGUCCGCUACCUGUAGUUUCCCCAAAUACUUUUUAGGUAAUCCAGUAAAAAUGGAAUUUGCAAUAGUCUUGUUGUACAACUUGUAAUAAAAGCGAGUGUUUCAGCGUCUUUUCCGAAAGUCAAACUUUUGGCGAUGUUACUGAGGUGAAACAAAUUGUUUAAAUUAAUGAUCUUGUUAUCCCUCAUGUUUUCCUAUAUCAAUGUUCUUUUUAAAUUACCCAUAAUAAUGGAAAGAUGUAGAGCCUAAUACCCGAAGGAAGGUUUAAUAUUCAGACACAAACCUACCUACCAGAGUAAAUCCUGCAGAUGCAGCAUUCAAACCAGCAAAGGUUGCUCUGCUAGUUUGAUCACGUAUCUAUCUCCAAUGUACUGUGGAGUUUUCCUUUUUGUACUUGAGUUGUGUAGUUCUAGAGCGAGGCGUUGUUAGAUGUAAAUGUUUUGUAAAAAGCUGAUUUAUGGUGAGCUUGCUGAGAUGGAUGUUUCUUUGCUUUAUGUUCUCAAUAAAGACGAUGUUUCUAAAAGCC